UACACUGCCUUAUUCAGAGAUAUAAUACGUGGAAAUCCAGAUAUUAAGUGGGAAACCAUCAAAGGUUUAGAACAUGCCAAACACUUGCUUAAGGAAGCAGUGGUCAUGCCAAUAAAAUACCCCAGUUAUUUUCGGGGUCUCCUAUCUCCAUGGAAAGGCAUCCUCCUCUUUGGCCCUCCUGGAACGGGAAAGACCAUGCUUGCAAAAGCUGUUGCAACAGAGUGCAAGACAACAUUUUUCAAUAUUUCAGCUUCUUCUGUAGUGAGCAAGUGGCGAGGUGACUCGGAGAAAUCUAUCAAGGUCUUAUUUGAGCUUGCUAGGCAUCAUGCACCGUCUACUAUAUUUCUUGAUGAAAUUGAUGCAAUAAUUAGUCAUCGUGGUGAAGGACGCAGUGAACAUGAAGCUAGUAGGCGUCUGAAAACAGAGUUGCUCAUUCAGAUGGAUGGGUUGAUGCAGACAGAUGAACUAGUCUUUGUUUUGGCGGCCACGAAUCUUCCUUGGGAACUGGAUGCAGCCAUGCUUCGUCGUUUAGAAAAGAGAAUACUUGUGCCUCUGCCAGAACCAGAAGCUAGAAGAGCUAUGUUUGAAGAACUUCUUCCUCCUCAACCAGGAGAUGAGGAUCUUCCUUAUGAUAUAUUGAUGGAAAGAACAGAAGGAUAUUCAGGUUCUGAUAUUAGAUUAGUAUGCAAAGAGGCUGCUAUGCAGCCACUACGCCGCCUAAUGGCCCAACUCGAAGAACAGCAAAAUGAGCUGCCUGAAGAUCAACAGGGAGUAGUGCCUGAAGAAGAAUUACCCAAAAUUGGACCAAUCACAGCCUCUGACAUACAGACUGCGUUACGAAACACGCGGCCAUCAGCUCAUUUGGAUGCUCCCCGCUAUGAAAAGUUCAAUGCCGACUACGGAAGUCAAUUGCGGCCCUGACUUAUCCCUCUCGGCAGCCUUUCUGUAAGUGCCAUGGUAGUUUGGCGUGCUGUACUACAAGGAAAAGCAUUGAAUUGUGUUUCAACAUAAUAAUCUCCAACUUACUAGUACCAUAGUAGAUUUAUAACUGUAUCAUCUACAUUUAAAAUUAUAUGCUCACUUCAAAUUCUCAUUCUCAUUGAUUUGUUCGUUAAUCAGAGAAAUGAGAUCAAAUUUGCCCAGGCAAUUAAGCUUCAAAGGCUGUGUUUGGUCUUAUUAGUAGAUGUGGGACUUGUAAUGGACUCUUUUCUUUUAUUGAUGUUAUUGUUUUUCAUAUCUAAUUGAUGUGAGAGUUUUACCUUUUUGUCAAA